AUGUUCCAUGGAUUGAAAAGUUCAGAAGAUUUUUUUUUUUUUUUCUCUCUCGCAGAAGAAAAAAUCUCAGCUGGUUGAGCUUCCUUCCUCCCUUAAUAUAAAUCAUCUACUUCGGCAUCAAAUUGUGCGACAUGGAGGAGAACUCCAUGAAAUUGAUCUUUGAGAAAGGACCAAGAAAGGGAGAAAUGAUAGAGUGCAAGCCUGGAUCCUUGGUCCGAAUCGGGAGAGUCGUCAGAGGCAAUACCUUCUCCAUCAAAGACGCGGGCAUCUCUUCCAAGCAUCUGUCAGUCGAGUUCAAAGACGGAAAAUGGGUUGUUUUAGACCUCGAAUCCUCCAAUGGUACCAUCGUAAGUGGCAUCAAGCUCCAACCGCUGUUGCAUUAUGAUCUCAAAGACGGAGACGUGAUCAAGAUCGGAGAGUUGACGUCUAUCAAGGUGAAGAUCGAAGAACAAAACGAGUCGGAUAAAGGUGCCAGAAGGACGGGGAAUAAUCGGGUUUCUUUUGAGGUCGUAGAUGACUCAGGUCUGGAAAACGCAAAUAAUCGACUGAGAAGAAAUCCAAGACGAGGAGCGGCUUCAAAAAAGGAACCGGCGGCGUCUGCCGUGGGAUCUCGUUCUGGAGUUCAGAAGAUCCCUGAAGCAGUAGAGAAUUGUACUGAACGGGAGAUUUCGGCUCCCCUUGCAAAACGAUCCCGGGGUGCAGCUGCAAAAAGGACAAGGGCCUCGAAAAACGAGGCUCCGGAGACUUCUGAGGUCCAGGAGGUUCGUAAAAAACCAAAUUUAAGGACAAGGCACGGUAAGGAAGUGAAAAAUGAAGCUACUUUUGCAGAGAACCAGACUCGGCAAGGGGAUCCAAUGAUUAGGGCUUCGACGAUAGAUCUUCAGGAGUCAGCUCCUCAGGUGCUCAAAACUGCUGACGAGAAUGAGAGUUUGGAUUUGGAUAAAGAGAGAUGUAGAGAAUCACAAAAUGCGGCACCUGCUGAAAAGAAACAGAGGGGGCGAGUAGUUCGAAAAAGGACAAGAGCUUCAGAGGAUGACGAAGCUAUUGAUUCAAUUUCUGCUUCGCAAGUUUGCAAGAUUCCUAAAAUUUCAAAUGCAGGCCAAGGGAGUCUUAUAGAAGAACGUGUUGGGGCUGCUGUCGAAGAGGAGGGGCAACAAAUGGCUCCGGAAACUACUAGGACUCCAACAAAAGAGCCUCCAGAGUGUGUUACUGUUCCUAGUUCUGAGGCUCAGGAUAUCCCCCAGGAAUCACAUUUACAGGAAGGAAAUUGCAGAGCAUCUUCGAGUACAACUGCAGCCAGAGAAAAUUCUAUCAAGGUCGUUGACAUAAAGGAAUUGGAAAAGAUGACUUUGGGUGAAUGGUUUGAUUAUUUGGAGGUUUAUUUGCCAAAACAGAUAUAUGACAUUACAGAAGAAAUAAUUUUGAGUAUGAGAGAGAGUGCUAAGCAAUAUAAUGAGCUUAUGUCACGGCACAUUGAGGAGGCUAAGUUACCAGAUGCUUAGAUAGAGGAAUUGCUUUACAGGACCAGCCAGGAUUAGGAGUUGUCUUAACUUUUGGUCAGCCCAUUGCUGAUGCAGACUGGAUUCUGGAAGGAUGGAGUCAUGAUUUUUGCAUUUGUACUUCAAGAGCCUGUUUAAGAAAUUCUUAUCCUUAACAGUGGAGUUUGAAUCAAUUAAUGCUAUCAUUAUUGGAGAGAGAGAGCUUAAAAGGGUCUAUUUGUAUCUUCUUAAUGGAAUUAAAUUAUUACUUC